CGCUACGGAGGUCGUGACAGAGGCGAGCGGCCGGACAGGCCGGACAGACCUGACAGGGGGGACAGGGGUGACAGGGGUGACAGAGACUACGACCGCCGUGCGCCCAGACGCGGGGAUGACGAGAGGCGACGCGAUAACAGGAGGGACCGCGACCUGUUCGAUGACCGGAGGCGGCCACGCGAAGAUAGGAGAGACAGAGAUCGCGAUGGCGACCGUAACCGCCCAGACCGUGAUCGUGAUGGCGAUCGUGACCGUGACCGUGACCGUGGACAGGAUAGGGACGAUAUGCGGCAGCUUGAACGCCAGCAGAGGCAGCGCAGCGCAUCGCCACCACGCAAGCCCAAAGAGCCCACGCCCGACCUGACCGACGUGAUACCUGUCCUCGAGCGCAAGCGCAGACUGACCCAAUGGGACAUCAAGCCGCCCGGCUACGAGAACGUUACCGCGGAGCAAGCUAAGCUGUCCGGCAUGUUCCCGCUGCCCGGCGCGCCGAGACAGCAACCCAUGGAUCCAUCUAGGCUGCAGGCCUUCAUGAACCAGCCUGGCAACCAAGCCAACACCAGUGCGCUGAAGCCAUCCACAGCCCGUCAAUCCAAGCGUCUCUUCGCCUACAACAUCCCGCCAAAUGUCAACGAGAGCAUGAUCAGCGACUUCUUCAACCUGCAGCUCAAUGGUCUGAAUGUUACACGCGGUGUCGACCCUUGCAUCUCCGCUCAGCUCAGUCAGGAUCUGACGUACGCUCUUCUCGACUUCAAGACAUCCGAGGACGCCACGAAUGCGAUGGCUCUGGAUGGCAUCACUAUGCCAGAGCACAUGGAGGUCAUGAACGGCUCCGCGAACGGUAACAGCCAAGGCCUGAUCAUUCAGCGUCCAAAAGAUUACAUCGUUCCGGCUGUGGUCGACGACACCGAGCACGAGGCAGGCGUCUUGUCGAGCACCGUCCCCGACACCCAGUUCAAGAUCUCAAUAACCCACAUCCCUUCUUACCUCACCGAAGAACAAGUCCAGGAGCUACUCGUUUCGUUCGGAGAGCUCAAGAACUUCGUCCUGGUCAAGGACGCCGGCACCGAUCAGAGCCGCGGCAUCGCUUUCUGCGAGUACAAGGACGCGAAGAACACGACUGACAUUGCGGUUGAGAGUCUCAACGGUAUGGAAUUGGGUGAUAGUCAUCUGAAGGUCCAACGCGCCAGUAUCGGCACCCAGCAGGUCGGCGGUGAAAUGACGGUCAACGCCAUGAGCAUGAUGGCAAGUGCGGCCGGGGGCGCCGAUCGCGACGCAAGCAGGGUCUUGUGCUUGAUGAACAUGAUCACGCCCGAGGAGCUGAUGGAUGCUGAUGAAGCUGAUGAAAUCCUAGAGGACGUCAAAGAAGAAUGCGCGAAAUACGGCGCCAUCAUCGAUGUCAAGAUGCCACGUCCUUCCAGCGGCAGCCGUCAGAGCAACGGUAUUGGCAAGAUCUACGUCAAGUAUGAGAAGCCGGAGGCGGCGCAGAAGGCUCUCGCGGCGCUUGCGGGGAGGAAGUUCGCGGAUCGUACCGUUGUGGUUACGUUCUUCGGGGAGGAGUACUUUGAUGUUGGGGCUUGGUAAGUGAGGCGCGCUAGGCUCUUCAAGUAUGCGAGUCGUGAUCGAGAGCACGCAGCAAUGGCAGGCAGGCAGGAAGGCGGUGCGGUAGUGACAAAGUUGUGGUGCGAGUCGGAGGUGGAGGGCUUCUGAUGAACCGGGUGUCUAGCAAUGCAAGCAGUAAAGCAUGGUCUGCCGUUAGCGAUGCUGCUCAGAAAGGAGGGCGAGCGUCACCAGCUUGUCGCAUACGCCCGGGCGCUGCGAGCGAAAACCUAUUAGGUCUUCAGCGGACGUUCAGCGUGUACCUGUAACAUAAGUCGAUUCGAAAAGCAUUCAAACUUCAGAGCUAGGAACAUGGGUGGUACCUGCAUCUACUGCC